AUGUAUUUGCGCAACUUCCUCGCAGCUGCGUCCUUCGUCGCUCUGGUCGCCUCUGCGGCGCUGCCUGAGACUCAAGGCGCGUACGUUCCCGGCUUCGAGAAGUCGUGUGUAGAGGGCUGCAAAGCAGAUGGUACCGCGAAUGAGAACUGCUACGGAUGGUGCCCACAGUGUGAUGCGAGUCUCAGUGAUGACUGCCUCGCCGAGGACAAGAUCUAG